CAAAUCAACCAUUUCACCCAUCUUCUCUUCCAUCAUCAACCAUUCAAAAUGGCCGUCAAAGACAAAUCUCUUGCUGUCAACUCAGAGUCUCGACAUGUCGAGAACAGUGAAGACCACAUCGACCUCAAGGCCGGCGAUGACUUCAUUGAAGACUCGACCCCCGGCCUCUUCCUCAACCUCUGCGUUGUGGCAACUGCUAUUGGCGGCAUGCUCUUCGGCUACGACACUGGAGUCAUCUCUGGCGUCCUGGUUGUGCUCGGCACAGACCUCAACGGCAGAGAGCUGAGCCACGGAGAAAAGGAGUUGAUCACGGCUCUGUGUGCAGCUGGUGCGUUGCUCGGCGCCAUCGUCGCCGGAGUCACGGCCGACAAGUACGGACGAAAGCCCGCCAUCUGGUUCGCCUCUGUUUUGUUCACCAUCGGUGCCCUCGUCCAAGCCACAUCCUUCUCGAUUGCCCAGAUGUGCGUUGGCCGUAUUCUUGUUGGCCUCGGUGUUGGCUCUGCCUCUAUGAUUAUCCCGCUGUACAUUGCCGAAAUCUCGCCGGCCAAGUAUCGUGGCCGCAUGAUAUCCAUCGACAUGGUCUUCCUCGGAACCGGCUCUCUUCUCGCCUACGGCUUCGACGCGGCGUUUUACAAGAUCGACCACGGCUGGCGAUACAUGGUUGGAUUGGGAGGUAUUCCAUCCAUCAUGCUGGGAGUCCUGCUGUUCUGGUGCCCGGAAUCCCCUCGCCAACUGCUCUUCCAUAACCGCACCGAGGAGUGCAUGAGUGUCAUCCGCCGCAUGUAUCCAACUGCGACUGAGCAGCAGAUUCAGCAGAUGGUUGCGCAUAUCCAACACGGCGUGACGCAGUCUAAGGCACUCAACGAGGAGGUUUCUGUCCGCACAGCUCUCAAGAGCCUCGCCACCGUCGCACCCAACCGCCGAGCCGCCAUUGUUGCUUGUGGACUGAUGGCUUUCCAGCAACUCUGUGGAUUCAAUACUCUCAUGUACUACUCUAGCACUCUGUUCCAGAUCGUCGGCUUCAACAACCCCAUCGCCGUCGGAACCAUCGUCACAGCCACCAACUGGGUCUUCACCUUCCUUUCCAUCUUCCUCAUCGACCGCGUUGGACGCCGAAGACUCCUUCUCUGGACCAUGUGGGGAAUGCCGGUUUUCCUGACUGUCGCCGCCGGUGUCUUUUCCCAGAUCCCCAUCGACCGCAACACACUAGAGUUGACCGACGACAAGAUCGGAUGGCCCGCAAUCGUUGUGCUCGUCUCCAUGAUCAUGUUCGUCGCCUGCUACGCCGCCGGCCUCGGAUGUGUGCCCUGGCAGGCAAACGAAUUCCUCCCGAUGGAAGUCCGCGCCAUGGGAACCAUGAUGAUCAACAUCUUCAACUGGGGACCCAACAUCAUCGUCUCCUCCACCUUCUUGUCCAUGAUGCGCGGCAUUUCACCCUCUGGUGCUUUCGGCUUCUAUGCGGGCAUGUGCCUCUUGGGCUACAUUUUCGUCUACUUCUGCUACCCAGAGGCUGCAGGCAUGACUCUCGAGGAGAUCAGAGUCGUCUUUGAGAACGGAUUUGGUGUCCGGUAUGCAGAGGAGUGGCGCAAGCAGAGGAAGCUGGGUGCUGGCCAUGUCCUCGACGUUGAUGCCAAAGUCUAAAGGCUGUACUAGAUUCACUUCACAAUAUGGUUCUCAACAGCUUGAUCUUCGAUCCGCUAGUAGACCGAUUUAU